UAAACGUACGAAGACUUCAGCCGUAAUUGAGAAUGUACAAAAAAAACUACAUAAAUAAAAUUCGAUUAGUGGUAGUACGAUCGAUGAAGAAAAAACAAAUUUAAACAAGAAAUGGAGUAACUAUUCUAUACUCUUUAGUGGGGAACAAUGGAACACCUGUCGGCAGAGAGAUAAUACAUGGUCUUGGUUGCAAAACGUCUUCCAGUUUAUGCCCAUAUAGGUAACUUAGCAAACGGAGACAUAGCUUGUGAUGGGUACCACAAAUACAAGGAAGAUGUGAAACUAAUGGUGGAAACUGGCUUAGAUGCAUUCAGGUUCUCUAUCUCUUGGUCUAGGCUUAUACCAAAUGGAAGAGGUCCUGUUAACCCAAAAGGUCUACAAUUCUACAAAAACUUCAUUCAACAACUUGUCAGCCAUGGAAUUGAACCACAUGUUACAUUGCACCACUACGAUCUUCCUCAGUAUCUCGAGGAUGACUAUGGAGGAUGGAUCAACCGCAGAAUCUUCAAAGACUUUACUGCUUAUGCAGAUGUUUGCUUCAGAGAGUUUGGGAACCACGUCAAAUUCUGGACCACGAUCAACGAGGCUAAUGUAUUCACUAUCGGAGGUUACAACGAUGGGACUUCACCGCCUGGUCGUUGUUCUAACUGCUCAUCAGGGAACUCGUCCACUGAAACAUACAUUGUAGGCCACAACUUGCUUCUUGCACACGCCUCUGUUUCAAGACUAUAUAAGCAAAAGUACAAGGAAAAGCAAGGAGGUUCUGUAGGGUUUAGCUUAUAUGCAUUUGAAUUUGUUCCUUAUGCAAGCUCCUCUAAGGAUGAUGAAAUUGCAAUUCAAAGAGCCAAAGAUUUCUUCUACGGCUGGACACUUGGGCCUCUUACAUUUGGAGACUAUCCCGAUGAAAUGAAAAGAGCUGUGGGAUCAAGACUGCCAAUUUUCUCCGAGGAAGAAUCAGAACUAGUUAAAAGGCUCGUCCGACUUCAUAGGGAUCAUGCACUAUUUUCCGGCUUUUGUCGAAGACAUCAAAGUGGAACCUUCUCUUUCAAGAAACCCGGAUUUCUACUCAGACAUGGGUACCUUCGCAAUAUUUCAGAUUUCGGGUAUGAUAUUGUUCCAUGGGCUAUGGAAAGUGUCCUGGAAUAUAUAAAGCAGACCUAUGGCAAUCCUCCUGUCUGCAUUCUUGAGAAUGGUACACCAAUGAAGGGGAAGCGAGAUUUGCAGCUGGAACAGAAGGACACACGCAGGAUUGAGUACUUACAUGCUUACAUUGGUGCUGUACUCAAAGCCGUUAGGAAUGGAUCAGACACGAGAGGUUACUUCGUAUGGUCAUUUAUGGAUUUGUUCGAGUUAAUAGGUGGAUACGAGCUUAGUUUUGGAUUAUACUCUGUCAAUUUCAGUGAUCCUCAUCGAAAGAGAUCUCCCAAACUCUCUGCUCACUGGUACUCUGAUUUUCUCAAAGGCAAAACCACUGUUUUUGGUUCCCAAGGCAUCAUCACACAAUUGCUUAGCAACUUCUCUUCUUCCUCCUUGUAGUGAAUUGCAUUUCUGAUGAAUCCGGCUCAGUUUGAUAAAGUCCGGUUAUGUAAUGAAUAAAAAAUACCAAGUUUA